CAUGGUAACCCUUUACUUUUCAAAUAGAUCUUUAAUAAGAGUAAUGUUAAAUGUUUAUUAUUGAUAAAGUUUGGGGUUAUCGGUGGAAGUUUUUAUUUUUUUCAAGUGAUAAUAGUCGAGAUGCUCAAUCAACAAUCUCAAGGCCAGGGUCAGCAAACGCUUUCACAGGUCUCUACUCAGUUAUUGCAGCAACCAAUUGUUCAGAAUAUUAACACUAAUUCAGGAAAAUUGUGCGAUUCGCACGGACUGUCAUCUAUUGGCUUGUUGGAGUUAGCACAUCGAGAAUACCAGGCUGUGGAUUAUGAAAACGCUGAAAAGCACUGCAUGCAAUUAUGGCGGCAGGAUAGCACAAAUACUGGAGUUCUAUUGCUUCUAUCCUCAAUCCAUUUUCAAUGUCGGCGCUUAGAUAAAUCUGCACAAUUUUCAACACUUGCAAUAAAGCAAAAUCCUCUUUUGGCCGAAGCUUACAGCAACUUAGGAAAUGUGUACAAAGAACGUGGACAGCUGCCAGAAGCUUUGGAGAACUAUAGGCGAGCAGUUAGGCUAAAGCCUGACUUUAUUGAUGGAUACAUAAAUUUAGCCGCUGCGUUGGUAGCGGCUCGGGACAUGGAGUCUGCAGUGCAAGCAUACAUUACUGCAUUGCAAUAUAAUCCGGAUCUUUAUUGUGUGCGUAGCGAUCUAGGAAAUUUGCUGAAAGCACUUGGCAGAUUGGAAGAGGCUAAGGCUUGUUAUUUGAAAGCUAUUGAAACAUGCCCUGGAUUCGCAGUGGCCUGGAGUAAUUUGGGAUGUGUUUUUAAUGCACAAGGCGAAAUUUGGUUGGCAAUACAUCACUUUGAAAAAGCCGUCACUUUGGACCCUAACUUCCUUGAUGCAUACAUUAAUUUGGGAAAUGUGCUUAAAGAAGCAAGAAUAUUUGACAGAGCGGUAGCGGCAUAUUUACGGGCCUUGAGUUUAUCACCAAAUAAUGCUGUGGUCCAUGGAAAUUUAGCAUGUGUCUAUUAUGAGCAAGGACUAAUUGAUUUGGCUAUCGACACAUAUAAGCGAGCAAUAGAGCUUCAACCAAACUUCCCAGAUGCGUAUUGUAACUUAGCCAAUGCACUCAAGGAAAAGGGACAGGUUAAAGAAGCAGAAGAUUGUUAUAAUACGGCUUUACGUUUAUGCCCAAAUCAUGCUGAUUCCCUAAACAACUUGGCUAACAUCAAGCGUGAACAAGGCUAUAUUGAGGAAGCAACUCGCUUAUAUUUAAAAGCUCUUGAAGUAUUUCCAGAUUUUGCAGCUGCACACUCUAACUUAGCUUCGGUUCUUCAGCAGCAAGGAAAAUUAAAAGAGGCUUUAAUGCACUACAAGGAAGCCAUUCGCAUCCAGCCAACCUUUGCGGACGCAUAUUCUAAUAUGGGAAAUACCUUAAAAGAGCUUCAGGAUAUUAACGGUGCUCUACAAUGUUAUACACGUGCAAUUCAAAUAAAUCCAGCCUUUGCUGAUGCACAUAGCAACCUGGCGAGCAUACAUAAAGAUUCGGGAAAUAUUCCAGAUGCCAUACAGUCAUACAGAACGGCACUGAAAUUAAAACCAGAUUUUCCCGAUGCUUAUUGCAAUUUAGCUCAUUGUUUACAAAUUGUAUGUGAUUGGACCGAUUAUGAUGCCCGAAUGAAAAAACUUAUAAGCAUUGUAGCAGAACAGCUUGAAAAAAAUCGUUUACCAUCUGUUCAUCCACAUCAUUCAAUGUUAUAUCCACUAUCUCAUGAAUUCCGCAAAGCUAUUGCCACUAGGCACGCAAACCUGUGCUUGGAGAAAAUUCAUGUAUUACACAAACCACCAUACAAGUUUUCGCGUGAGUUACCUGCUGAUGGUAGAUUACGUAUUGGCUAUGUGAGCUCAGAUUUCGGCAAUCAUCCUACCUCUCAUUUAAUGCAAUCAAUCCCAGGCCUUCAUGAUAAAUCACGCGUUGAAAUAUUUUGUUAUGCCUUGAGCUCCGACGAUGGGACAACCUUCCGAUAUAAAAUCAUACGUGAAGCCGAACAUUUUGUGGAUUUGUCUCAAAUUCAGUGCAAUGGUAAAGCUGCCGACCGCAUAUUUUCUGAUGGGAUUCACAUAUUAGUAAACAUGAACGGAUAUACUAAAGGCGCCCGUAAUGAGAUCUUUGCAUUACGUCCUGCGCCAGUGCAAGUUAUGUGGCUGGGAUACCCUGGUACUAGUGGCGCUAGUUUCAUGGACUACAUUGUUACUGAUCCUGUUACUAGUCCAAUGGAGCUUGCUUCACAAUAUAGUGAGAAACUUGCAUAUAUGCCGAAUACAUACUUCAUAGGCGAUCACAAGCAAAUGUUUCCCCAUCUUAAAGAACGUAUUCUUGUAUGCGAUAAACAACAGUCUUCUGUAGCAGACAAUAUCGCAGUUAUUAACGCUGCAGAUUUAUCACCUUUAGUAGAAAGUACAGAUGUUAAAGAAGUUCGAGAAAUAGUGAAUGCGCAUAAACCAGUAGAAAUUACCCAUAAAAUUGCAGAACUCCCAAAUACUACUCAAAUUGUAUCAAUGAUUGCUUCCGGUCAAGUCCAGACCUCUCUUAAUGGUAUUGUUGUUCAAAACGGGUUAGUAACAACACAAACAAACAAUAAAGCCGCCACAGGAGAGGAAGUUCCUCAAAAUAUCGUCAUAACAACUCGGCGCCAAUAUUUAUUGCCGGACGACGCUAUAGUGUAUUGUAAUUUCAAUCAGUUAUACAAGAUAGAUCCACAAACUCUACAAUCAUGGGUUUCUAUAUUAAAGAACGUGUCAAACUCAGUACUAUGGUUACUGAGGUUUCCUGCAGUAGGAGAACAGAAUAUAAAAAAAUCUGUCGAGGCGUAUGGACUUUCUGCUGAUCGAAUAAUUUUUUCGAACGUGGCUGCAAAAGAAGAGCAUGUCCGCCGUGGUCAGUUAGCUGACAUCUGCCUCGACACACCGCUUUGUAAUGGGCACACCACAUCUAUGGAUGUUCUAUGGACGGGAACACCUGUUGUCACGUUACCAGGAGAAACAUUGGCAUCGAGAGUUGCUGCAUCACAAUUAGCUACGUUGGGGUGUCCGGAACUUAUAGCACACACAAGGCAAGAGUACGAAGAUAUUGCUAUUCGAUUAGGCACCGAGAGAGAAUAUCUAAAAGCGAUGCGAGCAAAAGUGUGGAAGGCACGAGUGGAUAGUCCAUUGUUUGACUGUAGCCAAUACGCUAGAGGGUUAGAAAUGAUUUUUAAACGAAUGUGGGAACGUUUUACAGCUCAUGAACUCCCAGAUCAUAUAUCUGCAGUGGCAGACAAGUGAAUCUUCUAUGAGUAUAUAUUUAAAUAUUUAUUAUUUUACGAACGCGAAGAUAAAAAUCAAAUGUUAUAUAUAAAACAAUUUGAUGUAUUUAAAAAAGAACAACCAAUAAGUUUUUGUCAUUUCCUAAUAGAAAUAUGUAUGAAUAUUGCGUAAA